AUGCUAUUCCACCUGGCUGGGCCUGAUGUACAAGAGAUAUUUACCACCUUAACUGGAACCGGGGAUGCUACAAACUACGCCAGUGCUGUCGCAGCUCUCAACGCCUAUUUCGUGCCGCAGGUAAAUUCAUCAUUCACCCGCCAGACCUUUCAUCGGAUCACGCAAAACCCAGGUGAGACAGUUCAGCAGUUUGUCACUCGCUUAAAAAAAGCAGCUAAAGAUUGUGAUUUUGGCACUGACAACGACAACCAGAUAAGAGAUGCAGUUUUGAAUAAAUGCACUUCCACUUACAUCAAACGAAAAUUACUUGAAGAAGGCCACGGACUGAACUUAACGCGCACCCUAGAGGUUGCCGCACAAUGCGAAAAGAUAGAAACCCAACUGGCUGCCCUUUCUGUAAAGGGGGACGAAUCAGAAACUAUCAAUAAAAUCAAUGAGAGAAGUAACAAUCCGAAUACUAGCACACAAGGGCGAUUCCAAGGGAGAGAUAAGAUAUGUUAUAGAUGUGGUUUAUUGGGACAUUUCGGUCGUGAUCUCCAAUGCCCAGCAAGAGGCAAAACAUGUAGGAAGUGUCGCAGGAAAGAUCACUUUGAAAAGGUUUGCAAGACAAAGUCAUAUGCUCGUCGGGUGGGGAGGGAACCUGAUGACAAUGACCAUGGGCCUCAGUAUGACUACGCAUUCAGUAUUACAGAAGGAGAACACUUAGAAAUGCUCACCGUACAAGUAGGAGGAGUAGACCUUUAG